UAUUAGCAGGAACCAAAUAAAUAAAAAUAAAAAUAAAAAAAUCUGAAACAGAGAGAAAUCGAGAGAGCUUGAAGCAGAGAGACAAAAACAAAAGCUUAAUACUUUCUUCAACUCUCUCGCAUCUCAUCAUCUCAUCUCAUCCCUUCCCACAAGCAUAAAACUCUUUCCUUUGCGCAUAUAUUCUCCUUAUCGUGAGGAGAGAGAGAGAGAUGUUAAAUCCGGGUCAGGGAAGAGGACCCGAUUCGGCGGGAGUCGCUGGUGGUGUGUCGUCGAACUCCGACCCGUUUCCAGCGGGUCUUCGAGUUCUCGUCGUGGACGAUGACCCAACUUGUCUGAUGAUCUUGGAGAGGAUGCUCAGGACUUGUCUCUACAGAGUAACGAAGUGUAACAGAGCAGAGCUCGCAUUGUCUCUGCUACGACAGAACAAGAACGGUUUCGAUAUUGUCAUCAGCGAUGUUCAUAUGCCUGACAUGGACGGGUUCAAGCUCCUCGAACACGUCGGUCUAGAGAUGGAUCUACCUGUUAUCAUGAUGUCUGCGGAUGAUUCAAAGGCCGUUGUGUUGAAAGGAGUGACUCACGGUGCAGUGGACUACCUCAUCAAACCGGUACGCAUCGAGGCGCUCAAGAACAUAUGGCAGCACGUGGUGAGGAAGAAGCGUAACGAGUGGAAUGUGUCUGAGCAUUCAGGAAGCGUUGAAGAGACUACUGGAGAGAGGCAGCAGCAGAGGGACGAUGGUGGUGAUAACAACUCUUCUUCGGCUAAUAACGAAGGGAGCUGGAGGAGCUCGAGGAAGAGGAAGGAAGGGGAAGUAGACGAGCAAGGGGAUGAUAAAGAGGACACGUCUAGUUUGAAGAAACCACGCGUGGUUUGGUCUGUUGAGUUGCAUCAACAGUUUGUCGCUGCUGUGAAUCAGCUCGGCGUUGACAAAGCGGUUCCGAAGAAGAUCUUGGAGAUGAUGAAUGUACCAGGGCUAACGAGAGAGAACGUAGCUAGUCACCUCCAGAAGUAUAGGAUAUAUCUAAGACGGCUUGGAGGAGUGUCUCAGCACCAAGGGAACAUGAACCAUUCGUUUAUGACAGGUCAAGAUCCGAGUUUCAGUCCUCUUUCUACGUUGAAUGGGUUUGAUCUUCAAGCUCUAGCUGCUGCUGGUCAGCUCCCAGCUCAGAGCCUCGCGCAGCUUCAAGCAGCUGGUCUUGCUCGGCCUUCUUCGCUCGCUAAACCGGGGAUUUCAGUAGAUCAGAGAGGCAUCUUCAGCUUCGAAAGCCCGAAAAUAAGACAUGGGCAGCAGAUGAUGAUGAACAGUGGUGGUGGUGGUGGUAAUAAGCAGAUGAACCUGCUUCACGGUGUUCCAAUGGGAAUGGAACCGAGACAAUUUGCAGGUGGUGGUCACAUGCGAUUGCAGCAACAAAUGUCUGGUGGUGGUCGUGUUGCUGGACAGAAUGUUCAGAGCAGUGGAAUGAUGAUGCCUGUAGGAGGAGGGACAUCAAUGCUACAGUCACUCGGACAGCAGCAACAACAAGUGAUGUUGUCAAGUAGUGUUCCAAGGAGAAGCGAACUCACCGAGUCAAGCAGCAGCUGUAGAGUGUUACCAGCAGCUCCUACACACUCGGUGGUCUUUAAUAACUUUUCUUCGGAGCUACCUAGAAACAGCUUCCCGUUGGCAAGUGCACCGGGGAUAUCAGUUUCUUACCAAGAAGAGGUCAACAGCUCAGACGCUAAAGGUGUUACUGCUACUACUACUACUGCAGGGUUUGGUAACCCGAGCUACGACAUAUUCAAUGAUUAUCCGCAGCAUAACAGCAAUGAUUGGGAUCUGCAGAAUAUCGGCAUGGUCUUUAAUUCUCACCAGGACACAACAGCAGCAUCAUCUGCCGCUUUUUCAUGUUCGUCUUCCACCCAGAGAAAAAGGGCUGAGCAGGUGCAGAACCACCACCAGCAACAGCAUUUGCCAAGCCAGAGUCUUAAUCAGUUGAACGGUGGUGGUUCGGUUAGAGUGAAGUCAGAGAGAGUGGCGGAGACGGUGACUUGUCCUCCAGCAACAACACUGUUUCAAGAGCAGUAUAACCAAGAAGAUCUCAUGAGCGCACUUCUCAAGCAGGAAGGACUUCCAUUGGUAGAUAACGAGUUCGACUUUGACGGAUACUCCAUCGAUAAUAUUCCUGUAUGACCUCACCCACACCUAUACUCUCACUCUUUAAGAGUAGACUUCCAAGAUUCUUUGUUUCUCAUCAAAAGGUAACAAGAAAACUCCACAAAUGGCGAUAGUCCAAGCGGAUCAUCAUGUACUGUAUCUUUAGUUGAUAUAAUCUGCGAGGAAAAAUUGGAAAGCAAAAUAAAUUCCUUUACUUUGUUUUCUUCUUCUGGUUAUUAGGAGUAAUGUGAAUUUGCUGCGGAUUCAGAUUGUUUUUGUAUUUUUUUUCUUACACAAAGCCUUGAGACAUGUAGGGUUCUUGAUCUUAUAAUGCACCACAAAUUAGCAAUGUUUUGCUUCUCUUUCUUUUUCUGAGUGUUGGGAACAUUUGUGUACAUAUAUUUCUAUGCGUUGUUGCUUCAUAAUAAUAAUAAAGAUACGGUAUUGAUCCGACUA